GAAAAUUGUAACAGUUAAUUGAUGGCAGGAAAUACGAAUUGAUUUAUACUGGUUUGAAGAUUCUGGCUUGAGAGGAAAUGCAACUUUACGGGGGAAGAAGACUCAAACGUUACAGGAACAAUUUAUUCACAAGGCAAAAUAUCUUCAACGUCUCUCCAAAACUUCAAGGGCAGAAUGGGUAUCUGCCGAGAUGGUAAAAUGUCCAGUGGGCAGGAAAUAUUUCACCGGAUCUCACUUGCCGGGGAAAAAAGCCAGUGAACACGACCCACGCAGCUGACUAGAUCGUGCGCUCGGCCUCAGAUUGGUCGAGCCUGUUUGGGCUGCGGAAAAAGCGGAAGCGCGCUUUUCAAAGUCGUCCCACCAUCAAUGAAGGCAGGCCACUUCCGGCGUAGCCAUGGCGGCUAACGCUACUACCAACCCGUCGCAGCUGCUGCCGUUAGAGCUUGUGGACAAAUGUAUAGGAUCAAGAAUUCACAUCGUGAUGAAGAGUGAUAAGGAAAUUGUUGGUACUCUUCUAGGAUUUGAUGACUUUGUCAAUAUGGUACUGGAAGAUGUCACUGAGUUUGAAAUCACACCAGAAGGAAGAAGGAUUACUAAAUUAGAUCAGAUUUUGCUAAAUGGAAAUAAUAUAACAAUGCUGGUUCCUGGAGGAGAAGGACCUGAAGUGUGAAUGAGUUUCCUUGACUUACACUAGAUUUUGUUUUGGCUUAUAAUGACAAGAAAAUGGAAUUUUUUUUCCCACCUUUCUAAUGUUUAAAUCCCAUAAAGCUAAGUUUCCCGUUAAAGGGAAGUGCUUUGAAGAUGUGUACCCAUUUUUGUAAGUUAAUCAUGAUUAUCCUGGAAAAAGAAGAAAAGAGCUUCUUCUUUGCAGAUGAAAAUAAAGGUGUUUUUGGUUAA